UAUUUUUUUUCUUCGGAAGUUCGGAGUUUCGUGUGCGUGCAAACAUGUCGCCGUUCAAGAGAAAACGUGCCGGCCAAGAUUCCGUUGAUUUCAAGCCGAAAAAAGGAAAACUGGUACCAGAUGAAGGCAAAGGCCUAGAGGAAGUGGGAAGAGAGAAGGAACAUGAGAUCACGGUGCCAGCACCGAUCUCUCAGGGCAAAUGGACCAACAAGGAAAGAGUUCUGAUUUUCUCCUCCAGAGGGAUCAACUUCAGAACCAGACACCUGAUGCAGGACCUGAGGACCAUGAUGCCUCAUGCAAAGGCAGACACAAAAAUGGACAGAAAGGAUAAGCUGUUUGUCAUAAACGAGGUUUGUGAGAUCAAAAACUGCAACAAGUGCCUCUAUUUUGAGGCCAAGAAGAAGCAGGACCUCUAUAUGUGGAUUUCAAACAGCCCCCAUGGCCCUUCUGCAAAGUUCCUAGUCCAGAACAUUCACACACUGGCCGAACUCAAACUGACAGGAAACUGCCUCAAAGGAUCCAGGCCGCUGCUCUCGUUUGAUCCUAAAUUCGACAAGGAGCCUCACUAUGCUUUACUGAAAGAGCUCUUCAUCCAGACCUUUUCCACCCCACGCUACCAUCCUAAGAGUCAGCCUUUUGUGGACCAUGUCUUCACCUUCACCAUUGCAGACAACAGGAUUUGGUUUCGAAACUACCAGAUCAUUGAGGAAGAUGGCUCUCUAGUGGAGAUUGGGCCUCGCUUUGUUCUUAACCUCAUGAAGAUCUUUCAGGGGAGCUUUGGAGGGCCUACGCUCUAUGAAAACCCAGACUUCCGUUCUCCUAACAUGCACCGGAGAGAGAUGCGACUGGCAGCGGCAGCCAAAGUGCGAGAGAAGCAGAUGGUGAAGGAGAUGCAGAAAGGAAAGAAGACGUCUGCGAAGGAGGACCUGGAAAGUGACGUUACAGCGGACGUCUUCCUGACACCGGCUGAGGAAAAGCCCGCUGACAUUCAGACGGAAGCACCCGAGCCGAAAGUGGUGAAGAAAAAACAAAAAGCUUUCAAAAGACAAAGGAUGCAGAUGGCACGCAGGUAACUGGAUGGACUGCAAUAAGCUGAGUGAAUACUGCUGCCAUUAUUCAGUAAAAAUAUGGGAAUGUCACCACACAGUCAGGACUCGAGUUCAGUAUUAUAAACAGUCCUUGGGCAAAUAUGCAUCGUGUUUUGUUGCCCCAGUUUAUGAACUCCUUUCUUCUUCUUCUUUUUCUGAUAAACAAGGGUUUUUUUUGGAUGUAAUGUUUAUUGAGUUGGAGUAAAAGCUCUUUUCUAUGUCACAGAAAUAAAAUACCAACUUGA